AUGGCAGUGCCAGCAGCUUCCAUUAGUGGUGAUUACCAGGACAUUUCCACGGCCCUGGUGCUUAGGAGGGCUACUUGCACAGAACGGGCAGUGGCAGAGGGAAGAGGGCCAUAUCUCAGUGCUGGAAGUUUCCGGUCCCUGCUUCUCACGGAGCUCCAGGGGCUGAAGGAGGCAAAGAUAGGGGAGGAGAGGUUUGAAAAAGUUGCUGAUCCUGGGCAUGGAGGUCCAGUGGAAGGGAGCCUGAAGUUCAGGAAACUGAGGCAAGGGCUCAGGGGUGUGGAUGCUGAGCAUGCCACUUGUCCCUUCAGUUUAGGUUGCCAGCCCACUGGCCAGCAUCUCAGUGGCUGCUGCCAGUUUGACUAUAUCGUAGAGUAUGACUAUGAUGCUGUACAUGAUGAUGAAUUAACUAUUCGAGUUGGUGAAAUCAUCAGGAAUGUGAAAAAACUGCAGGAGGAAGGAUGGCUAGAAGGAGAAUUAAAUGGAAGAAGAGGAAUGUUUCCUGAUAAUUUUGUUAAGGAAAUUAAGAGAGAGCCAGAAUCCAAGGAUGACAAUUUGCCCAUUAAACGGGAAAGACAUGGGAAUGUAGCAAGUCUUGUACAACGGAUAAGUACAUACGGACUUCCAGCUGGAGGAAUUCAGCCACAUCCACAGACCAAAAACAUUAAGAAGAAGACCAAGAAGCGUCAGUGUAAAGUUCUCUUUGAGUACCUUCCACAAAAUGAGGAUGAACUGGAGCUGAAAGUGGGAGAUAUUAUUGAUAUUAAUGAAGAGGUAGAAGAAGGAUGGUGGAGUGGAACCCUGAACAACAAGUUGGGACUGUUUCCCUCAAAUUUUGUGAAAGAAUUAGAGGUAACAGAUGAUGGUGAAACUCAUGAAGCCCAGGAGGAUUCAGAAAAUGUUUUUGCUGGGCCUACCUCACCCUCCGCGUCUCUGGGCAGUGGGAAUGAGGCUGCACUGGGAUCAGUCACACAGCCAAAGAAAAUUCGAGGAAUUGGAUUUGGAGACAUUUUUAAAGAAGGCUCUGUGAAACUGAGGACGAGAACAUCUGGCAGUGAAGCAGAAGAAAAGAAAACAGAAAAGCCCUUAAUUAUACAGUCAGUAGGAUCCAAAACUCAGAGUGUGGAGAUAACAAAAACAGACACGGAAAGUAAAAUUAAAGCUAAGGAAUAUUGUAGAACAUUAUUUGCCUAUGAAGGUACUAAUGAAGAUGAGCUUUCUUUUAAAGAGGGAGAGAUAAUCCACUUGAUAAGUAAGGAGACUGGAGAAACUGGCUGGUGGAAGGGUGAACUUAAUGGGAGAGAAGGAGUAUUUCCAGAUAAUUUUGCUAUUCAGAUAAAUGAACUGGAUAAAGACUUCCCAAAACCAAAGAAACCACCACCUCCUGCUAAGGGUCCAGCUCCAAAGCCUGAGCUAAUAGCUACAGAAAAGAAGUAUUUUCCUAUAAAGCCAGAAGAAAAAGAUGAAAAAUCAGUCUUGGAGCAGAAACCUUCUAAGCCAGCUGCUCCGCAGGUCCCACCCAAGAAGCCCACUCCACCCACCAAAGCCAAUAAUUUAUUGAGAUCUCCUGGAACCGUGUACCCAAAGCGACCUGAAAAACCAGUUCCUCCACCACCUCCCACAGCCAAGAUUAAUGGGGAAGUUUCUACCAUUUCGUCAAAAUUUGAAACUGAGCCAGUAUCAAAACCAAAGCUAGAUUCUGAACAGUUACCACUUAGACCCAAAUCAGUAGACCUAGAUUCAUUUACAAUUAGGAGCUCUAAAGAAACAGAUCUUCUAAAUUUUGAUGACAUAGCUUCCUCAGAAAACUUGCUACAUCUCACUGCAAAUAGGCCGAAAAUGCCUGGAAGAAGGUUACCUGGCCGCUUCAAUGGUGGACAUUCUCCAACUCAAAGCCCAGAAAAAAUCUUGAAGUUACCAAAAGAAGAAGAUAGUGCCAACUUAAAGCCAUCUGAAUUUAAAAAGGAUUCAUGCUACUCUCCAAAGCCAUCUGUGUACCCUUCAACACCUUCAAGUGCUUCUAAACCAAAUACAGCUGCUUUUUUAACUCCAUUGGAAGUCAAAGCUAAAGUAGAAUCAGAUGAUGGGAAAAAAAAUCCCUUGGAUGAACUUAGAGCUCAGAUUAUUGAAUUGCUGUGCAUUGUAGAAGCGCUGAAAAAGGAUCAUGGGAAAGAACUGGAAAAACUACGAAAGGAUUUGGAAGAAGAGAAGGCAAUGAGAAUUAAUCUAGAGGUGGAAAUAGAGAAGCUGAAAAAAGCAGUCCUGUCUUCUUGA